UCUCUCUCUCUCUCUCACACACACAUACCCAGUUGGGAUUGAAUUUUCUUUAUUCAAAAACAAACACCCUCUGAAAUCUCUGACCCGAAAGUUUAGUCACAAAAUCUGCAUGUGUACGUCGUUGCUUACCGCGUCCCAUACAGCUCUCUUUAAUGCUUAGACGAAAGAGAAAAAAGGGGAAGAAAAGUUAAAGAUAGAGAGAGAUACGUGGGUUUAAGUAUCCUAGGCCACCCCUCUUCCCCUUUCAACCUUUCUGUUACUUUAUUUCAAUCCAAUUUAUCUACUGCUAUAUAUUAAACCCACACCUCUCUCUUUGUUUUCCAAUUUAUAUAUAUAUAUAUACCACACCCCCACCACCACCACCUUUGUUUUCUAUUUUGUUCCUCAAAACCCAAGCAUUCCAAGGAAGAAAGAACCUCCAGAGAGGAGAGAAAUAGGAGGAAGCCCUUUUGAGCGUUUUGAUUCAGGAACAAGUCAAGCACCAAGGUUGAAGCAAACCCAGUUGGUUAUUUGCUGGAGGAAGGCUGAGAAAGAUCUGAAAGAAGGGAUUUUUCUGUUUUGUGGGUUUUUUUUGGAGGUUUGGAUUUACAGAGUAUAUAUGGCGAUUCAAGCGCAGUUGUGUUCGGAGAAUCUUGGGUUUCCGUCGUGCGGGGCGCAAGAUUGGAUCAUGGAAAAUGGUUGUGGCGGUUUUGGUGGGUUCAAUGGGUUCUCUCUCAAUCUCCAACAGAAGCAACAAUUGCAACAACAGCAGCAACAUGUGCAGCAGCUGCAAUAUCAGCAGCAGAGGAAUCAGAAUCUGUUUUUCGACAACAGUUUUAUUGCUUCUACUUUAAAAAACAACACCAGCGCCACCGACAACAGCCACAUCCACGAUCUACCAAUGCUGUAUUCUCAAGGGUCGAUAGCUUCUCAGUUUGAGAAACAGAGGCAGGAGAUUGACCAAUAUAUCAGAUUACAGCAGAACGAGAGAUUGAGAUUAGUAUUGCAAGAGCAGAGAAAGCAACAACUUGCACAGCUGCUGAAGAAAAUCGAAUCAAAAACAUUGCUUUUCCUAAGACAGAAGGAUGAGGAAAUUGCACAAGCAGCUAAGAGAACAAUGGAGCUCGAAGAUUUCUUGAGAAGAUUGGAGGCAGAGAACCAAGCGUGGCAGAGAGUGGCUCAAGAAAACGAAGCCAUGGUUGUUUCCCUGAAUAACACUUUAGAACAGGUUAAAGAAACAGCCCCUUGUGGGUUCAACAACGGGGCAGACGACGCAGAAUCUUGCUGUGAUGAUAAUGAUAGAGAGCAGGAAGAAGCAGAGGAAAACAGACGAGGAUUGUUGUGUGAGGUUGAGCAGAGAAAUAUGAUGAUGGUGUGCAAAGGCUGUAAUUUUCGGAGUUCGUGCAUGUUGUUCCUUCCUUGCAGGCACCUUUGUUCAUGCAAAGCUUGUGAGGCUUUUCUCGAUUCCUGCCCCGUCUGUACAACGGCAAAGAAGGCCAGCAUAGAGGCUUUGAUUUUCUAGGCAAGUUUUCCGGGAAAAGUAAAGUAAACCAAACCAAAAAAAAAAAAAAAACUUGGAAAUAUGCUUUGGAUUUGAUCAGAGCACGAUGAAUGAACAGAGCCCAUUUAGACGCAUGCACUGUUUUUUAGUUUUUUUAUUUAUUUUUUUUAACCUGUAGCCUGUAGGGUCUCUGUUUUUAUUUUUAUUUGUACCUUAAAACAACCAAAAAUCAAUUGAACAGAAUUACAGGACAGAGCAUCUUUUCCUUUCCUGGAUCA